AUGGAUAAUUCUAGUCGGAUAAAGUCAAUCAUGUUUCAUGUCAUUCAGUUGUGGCUUAGACAUGUACAAGCUUUUGCUUUAAGUUUCAAGACGAAUGUGAGUAGCAGUAAAGAAACUGCAAAAAUUUCAGAGAUUUUAAACUUAUCAAGCAGUUGUAAAAAGUUAAAUCCUUUAAGUUCUUCAAGAAUAUUUCAUCUUCUUGCCACUUGUAUUGCAUUUACAACGGUUGAAGCCGUAAUUGAUCAAAUUAAUUGUCAAAAUCAAAGAGAAAAGCUGGUUAAAUUGAUGAAUAGUCAUGAAACUUCAUCAACAUUAAUUCUAACAUAUUAG